AUGGACCAGCGACAUCUUGGGACCGAGCAGCCCCACCUCACCCCUGGCGACACCGAGGGGUACCUCGUGGCCGCGCUCGAAGACAUCGUCGCCAACUACCCCCCACGCAGCCGGUACGCCCACGAGGCGCUGCACGGGCUCUGGAGCGGGCCGACCGGCGUUGCCCACCUACUGCUGCAGGUCUCUUCGCGCCGUCCCGAUCUGACCAUCAGCGGCAAGCCGGUCGACCACUGGGCGCGCCGGUACCUCGUCCCCGGCUCGCGCGGCCACAACCUCCGUCUCGGCUCCCACGGCUGCGGCAUCAGCGAUGAGAAGCUAGCCUACGAAGCCGUGCGCAGCGUCGUGUCCCAGGACCUGGCCGAUGUCCGCCAGUUCAUCUCCUCCGUGUCCCAGGUCAUCGAGGUCGAGGAGUAUCCGGAUGAGAUGCUCUAUGGCCGCGCGGGGACGCUCUACCUGCUGCACAUGGUUCGGCACGCGGUGCCCGGCAGCAACGAGCUGGUUGACCCAGCCAUCGCCGAGAUCUCCAACACCAUCCUGAACCGCGGCCCGCGCUGGCGCUGGCACGGCCGCCGCUACCUGGGCGCCGUGCACGGCGACAUCGGCAUCGUCACUCAGCUCGUCCUCACGUCCCCCUCGCUGGCCUCGCGCGUGCAGCCCAUCCUCGACCGGCUGCUCAGCAUGCAGCUGCCCGACGGCAACUGGCCCAGCUCGGAGGAGAGCGGGCCCAGCAAUGGGAAGGGGCUCGUCCAGUUCUGCCACGGCGCGCCGGGCUUCGUGCUGUCGCUACUUGCGCUGCGCCCACAUUUCCCCGAUUUGCGCGACCGCAUCGACGCCGCCAUCAAGAGGGCACGGCAGUGCAUCUGGACGCAGGGGCUUCUUAAGAAGGAGCCGAGUUUGUGUCAUGGGAUCUUUGGGAACGCCUUGGCAUUGGCUCCAGGGCCGGAACGGGAGCAUUUCCUGGCUAUCGCCACACCCGAGAACGUCGGGCGCAUGAAGAGCGCCGACUCGAGCUUGUUUGAGCGUGCCGAUUAUGGGCGCUCGUACUCGACAACCACCAGCUACGCGCCCUCGGCCGCCUGGGCCUGGCUGGUCGCUAGGCAGGAGGAGCCCAGCAUGUUGUCGUAUACCGAUAUUUAA